AAAAUAGUUCUUGUAUUCAUUUUGUGUCAAAGGUCAUACAAACAGCUGCGAUCAUGAUUAAUGGUGUUUUCCCAGGCAGGCGGUUUAAAAACUAUAACUCGUGUGUAGCAUGUACCUCAGAUCAGGUUUACAGUAGGAAUGUAAUUAGACCCUGAACCUCUUGCCCUUGCAAGGGAAGUGCUUUUAAAGUUUAAAAACAUAUUAACAAUGCACCUCACAGAUUAAUAGCGGUCUAAAAACACCCCCAGCCAUCUAUUGUCUGAGAAAGUGUGGAAAAUGAGAGCUUGGCAUUUGAAAGCGCACCAUUUCCACAUUUUGUUCACUUUCCUUAAACACAGUUGUGAUUGGCAUGAUAAGAUGUUGGCAACUUAGACGUGCGUACGCCACAUUAAGUGCAAAACAAGUGUGUUAGUGUGGACAGACACCUGGGUCUGCUCAGUUUGAUGUUUCUUAUAUGCAAAUAACCCACUAGAUGGCACUACUGACAGCCGUGGCGCAUGAUCACCAUUCAGACUUAAGAAAUUUGGAUUUCUAACAAUUUUACAAGGCUGGGGCCUACAUACGUCAACAAAAGUGUCUUCUGAAUUGCAUUUAAAUGUUUUUUUGGAAACUGGAUGUGAUUGACCAACCAAUAAUUACAGCGGUGUCAUAACAUUUUGAAAUGUAAGUAAGUAAUUGCAGUGCUUUGGAUGUCAAAAUCAUGUGGGCUAAGUAAAUGGCUAAAAACAACCAAUGGACUAUUUGUGAAAAAGAAAAUCGACCAUUUUGUGGGAAAUGCCGAGCUACACCGCAUACAAAUGUCAGGAUUCUAAAAAUAGUGUACCUGUAAAUACAUUUUACUAUGGAAAACCACAAGGGACAAGGUGGGCUAUUCAGAAUAAAAGCUGUAGAGGGAGUCUGCAUGAUCCGCUGGUGCCUUCAGGUGCUGUCAAAUGUGCUGGAAUUACAAGCUGUUGAAACAAUUAUGAGAAAUUGCUCAGGGCCCACUUUAGGGUGAUAUUGUAGUGUAGUUUACUUGUGCAAAUAUCCUUGUGUGGGACUUUCAGAUUCCCUGUGGGUCUAGGUAAGCCAGCUUUGCCACUGAGCCUAUGGAUUUCAAACACAGUUAUGAACAGUAUAGGGAAUGUUAAUGAUCAAAGCUCGACCGCAAAUAAAUCAAUUUCAUAUAUAAUGCAUAUACUGUUUCAAACAGUGCACAUAAAGUCAUACAUUUUCAACCAAAUUGCAUGUUAAUGUGCCGCCAAGUAGUAGAACCCAGAAGACGGAGCUUGUUAUCGGGCCGUGAAAGCAGCAUCGGACUCAGUGCUGUUAUUACUGACAGAGCGGCAGACUUGAGAGUUGUAAGUAGUCGGUGCAGGAUGGUGUGAACUUCACUGUAGACCCUGAACCAGCGUUGUCUUUGUAAUUACAAACCUUUCUGGUCUUACCUGGGUGACUGGAGUCAGUGGCGUGAAAGCAACAUUUUGACCUUUUCUUUUGUCAAUUAACAUUAUUUUUUUAUGUGAGUGUCUAUAUGACAGUGAGAGCCGCUUUGACCCUGACAUGGCUGAGGUACCGCCACCACACAGACAACCGGUCGAAAUAGACCCGGACUUUGAGCCUCUCUCCCGCCCUCGGUCCUGCACCUGGCCGCUGCCCCGUCCGGAGCUCGUCGACCCCGCCAGCUCCAACACAUCCUCUCCGGCACCAUCAGUCCAACAGGAACCGGGAGGAAACGCCGAGUUCACCAGCAACCUCGGCUUGUUAGAGGAGGACUAUGAAGAGUACGCGGAGCAGAAACCGCUUGUACCCUGCACUGAUUUUCAGUGUCGGGAAGGAAAUUGUGUGCAUCUGCAUCACCACCACCAACAUCAUCAUCAUCAUCUCCAGCAGCAGCAGCAGCAGCAGCAGCAGCAGCAGCUCCCGAGUCCGCAGCUACAGCCCCAGCAACAGGUGCCUCCUCCUGGUGUUGCACCCUUGGGUGGCGCCGGCCAGAGGAAAAGCAGCUCGUCCCGUCGUAACGCCUGGGGGAACAUGUCAUAUGCUGACCUGAUUACCAAGGCGAUAGACAGCUCACCUGAGAAGAGGCUGACGCUGUCUCAGAUUUACGACUGGAUGGUGAAGAGUGUGCCUUACUUCAAGGAUAAAGGAGACAGUAACAGCUCCGCGGGAUGGAAGAACUCCAUCAGACACAACCUUUCCCUGCACAGCCGCUUUGUGCGCAUACAAAACGAGGGAACAGGAAAAAGCUCUUGGUGGAUGCUGAACCCAGAAGGGGGGAAAAAUGGAAAGUCACCUCGACGCAGAGCCACCUCCAUGGACAACAACAGCAAGUUUGCCAAGAGCAGAGGAAGGGCCACAAAGAAAAAGAUGGCUCUACAGGAAGGGAUUGAGGGAGGAGCAGGCAGCCCCGGUUCCCAGUACUCCAACUGGUUGGGAAGCCCGAACUCCCACAGUAAUGAGGACUUUGAGGCCUGGAGCUCCUUUAGGACGCGCACCAGCUCUGAUGCCAGCACCCUGAGUGGUCGCCGGUCACCUUUCCCUUCUGAACAGGAGGACCUUGGGGAAUCUGACAGCCACAUGAUGUAUCCUGGAGGGGCAGGGACCAAGAUUACUGCCCCCUUGCCCAGCCUGUCUGAGGUGGCUGGAUCCAUGGGCCAACAUGGCUCAGAGAACGUCAUGGAGAGCCUGUUGGAUAACCUGAACCUGCUGUCUCCGAAGAACCCCCAGUUGGGUUCAGACUCCUCACAUUCCUCAAAUGCUGCCAUGCUUCAGAGUAGCCCCUACAACUCCACCAGUUUGACCUUGCGCCCACAGCAGGACUACCAUAAAUGUAUGUAUGGUCAGGUUAGGAUGAACUCCCUGUCCCCUGUCCCCAUGCAGACACUUCCAGAGAGCAAGCCGGGCUAUGGGGCUUAUGAGAACCAAUAUAUCUCCCCUGCUGGCCUCCUCAAAGAGCUGUUGACCUCAGAUGCAGAUGCCAACAGGGACAUGAUGCCCUCUAGGGAUUCACUGGUGCCUCAGGUUGGGAGGGGAAGUUGCCUAUUGCCCACCUACAACAGCCAAAGCCAAGUGGGGGGGCAUAAUGGAGUAAAACUUAUGAAUCCUCCUCAGAGUCACCCAGUUCCUCAUGUAAGCCCACAAGCUAUACAUAGCCAGGGUCCUUCAACCUCACGAGACUUGAAUAGCUGCAACAUGAUCCCCUUGACCAGUCUGACUAGUCUUUCAGGGGCCCCUCCUCGAAUGACCAGCCUGAGGACAUGCAUGCAGCUGCCCCAUGGUCACCCAGCACACACUAAUGAUGUCACGGCAGGCUACGGCGGCAGCAACGGCUACAGGCAACUUGUUCACCCACACGGUCAUCAUCAUCAGGAGCGGCUGCCCAGUGACCUGGAUAACGUAUCCAUUGAGAGGCUUGAAUGUGACAUGGAGUCCGUCCUCCAUGACACCCUCAUGGAUGGGGGAGCGCUGGACUUCAACUUUGACCCCGCAGCUGGGCCUCAGGGGUUUCCCCAGAGGGUGAAGACCACCACACAUAGCUGGGUGUCGGGCUAAGACGCAUGGUGGACCAUAUAAUUGAUGCUUAAACAGGUGUUUCUCAGCAUCACGCCACUGCUCACAUUCAUUCUGAGACAGGAAAAUAUCAAUCCAAAGAAGCCAUCGCCAUCACUCUCCUCAAAGUUAUUUUCAAAAAUGUAUAUGUCUUGAGUUGCAGGUCCAUGUAUAACAGUGCAUGUUAUUACUUUACAUUAAAGAUUAAACAAAAGGAGAUUUUAAUUAGCUUUUUUUAGAUCUUCAGCUCUUCAGAAAGAAAAUGAAGACACAAGACAAACCUGCAUUAGCUGAAUUAGCCUUGUUUACAGUUGUCAAAAACUGGAAAUAUGUGUGUAUUAGCUUAUUUUUGCUGAAGUCAUGGUAUAUUAAAAUAUACAGUACAGUGCAGUGUGUUACAUAAGACAAAGUGCCUGACAAAAAAGUAAAGUCAUUUCUCAAAAUGUAUCAUUUGUGGCCAGUCUGAAAUUUCUGGGAGCACUGUGUAUUUGGCCAAAACUGCUGAAUCACCUUUAGUUUUAAGACUGGACCUUGGAGCAGUCGGUAGGCCCAGCUGAGAAGACCUGAGGGACCUCAAGGUGCACUGAGGACAUAACAACUCAGUGAUAGGUCAGGGUUGGACCAUGCACUGCUGUGCAGGUGAUGAACUGAACUGAAAAAUCAGUUCUUUACAUGCUACCAUCCAGUAAAGGGAGUCAGCAGUAGAUCAAGUUGGGGCCUAUGCAGUGGCAUUCUGCACCAAUGGGAGCUAGACCAAGGCAGUCUGUGUUAACUCAGUAACACAUUACUUAAAAUUGUAUGUAUAAUUUUAAAUCAGCACUCAAAUCUUUAAUGGAGGGAUUGAGAUUACAUUCUCUGGACCAAAAAGCUUCUUCUUUGAGCAUCAAGCCCUUUAUGGCAAAUGAUUACACAACUGCUAACCUAGUGAGAUCAUUAGGCUUGAAUUAUAGGUAAACCAGUGUAUCAUCUGCAAAGUAGUGAUACGUAUUAACAUGAUCAUCACAGUGAAUUAAAAUAGCCCACGAAAAUGUACAGUUACCGCAGGAUAUUUCCAUGAACAGACCACUGGAGGACUAGACACCAAUAAAUCCUGAAAAUAUUCUGAUUGGCGUACACACAGCUUGAAAUGUUUAUAGACAGACGUCAUGGUACAGUGCUGUCAAAAGCAGUGCUUGAGUCAAAUGUCAACCAUAUCUCCUCAUCAGUAGAUCAUUAUUCAUAAUCAUUAGUGACCCUGAGAUGAGCUGCAUCUCUGACUGAAAUUAAUCCAUCAAUGAUAUUCUGUAUGACGAUAUUUAUUUAUGUUUUUAUUUUAAUUGUGGCUAUUGGACUUGCUUUGUACUUUGUAUGCUUGUAAAAAUAUGGCUGCAUAUGCGGUGUACAAUGUACUGUAUUUGAGUGACAUGAUGUUGUAACGCUGUCAUUUUUUGUCUCAUAAAACUAAUAUUGAAGGAGAAGAUUACAGAUAAUGUAUAAAAGAGAUCCUAGAAACAAUGACCUAGUGCUGGCCCGUGUCUAAGAACGUCCCUGUCACCUAUCAAGAAAUCUUGAUUACAUGAAUAACUUUUCAAAUUGCAUUGGAUAAACUGGAAAAUUCAUGGCAAUCAAGUUGAAAUCAAAGCUGUUUUUUAUCACAAAAAAGGGACAUUUUGCUGACAUUUGGCUGUUUUAUAGAGGGGAAGCAGAAGCAGCAGUAGGCGGAGUGGCUGAUGAUGAAAUCCUAAACUCACUGCAAAUGGACGAUGGUCUUCAAAGUUUGGCUAACACAGGAUUCGCUUGCUUUUUCAUUUACCUCUGAGCAGCUACAGUUGUUAUGCACCAAAGAGUUUUCUACUCUACCAAACACAUUUCAAAGAAAGUGUGCCAAUCCACUGUGCCUACAUGGUCUUGCAGACUUAGAAUGUUGUACAUAUUAACUUCUUUAGUAGUACAUUUUUGUAUAUGAAGGUUUUAAAUGACUGUUAUGAUUAUACUGAAAUAUUAUACUGUAUGUAUGGUUGUGUUACAAAUGGUUGUUUACAUAUUUCAGUCCAAACUAUAUCAAUACAUAUAUGAACACUCAUACCUCAAAAUAUUUUACCUCUGAAGUGUUGAAGGGAUCUCUCCUGCUAUUUCCCCCCGUGAGUUAUGUAUUGAAUUUGUCUUCAUUUUCAUAGUUUUGUACAUAUUGUAUUUCGAUAAUGCUGAAACCAGUUUAGACAGGCUCAGAGUGAUGUAUCUCUUUGAAUUUUGAAUGUUUUCUUGUGCUUCAGGAUUAUAGCCAUUAGUUUCUACUGAAUAUUUUCUGAGAGCGAUGUAAAUAAUUUAAAAUUAAACGUGAAUUUGUGUGAAAUUCUACAUUUAUUUCAAUAGAUUUGUAUACAUCUGUUGAGACAGAAACCCAAGGAAAGGAAGAAAACAUUAAACAAAAUUCAAUUAUGUUAUGGCAUAAAAGUACUACUAUAUUUAUGAAAGCUUAUCAAAAAUAAAUAUUUGAUGGGGUAAUUUUAAUAAAUAGCUACCUUGCACAAAUGAGAGUGCUUGAGCCUGUUACAUUUCAGUAUAAAAAAGAGAAUAUAACUCAUUUUCAUAUGAAAUCUUUUACAUAAAUCAUUAAACACAUUUUCAGAAAACAGACCAUCUUAUUUUGUCUUCAAUAUCCACACCCAGGUAUUUUGGAAAGAAUGGCGUUUUUUCUAUGUAAUCCAUUCAAUGCAUAAAUCACCAUGUGAACUUGCAAUUAAAGGAAGAGAAAAUGAAUGGCAUUCAUGUGUUUUCCAUGUAGUAGCAGUGUUAUAAGCUCAUGCUGUUUAUAAUAUGAGGCAUCUGACCAAUUUUGAUGUCAUGGACUUUUACAUGUUUAAAUUUGUGGAAUAC